GCAAGCAAGCAAGAAUCCAGGCGUCGCUAGCGUCGGCUGCGCGGACAUCUGCCCCAUGUCACGGAUUCACCGGUGAAGGAAAACCAAACCAAAUUCGCCAGUCGCACCGUGAACAAGGGAGUAAAGAUCAACGCCAUGUCACAAGAAGCAGCCGCAACCGGGUCACGCCAUGCCUCCCCGCCUGGUCUCCCACCAGCCUACAUGCCGAAACCAGCCACCUCCGUCGUUUGUCCUCCGGGCCUUGAGUACCUGACAACCAUAGAUCAAGUUAUAAUAGCGCAGCAAAAGGAAAUCAUCGAAGCUAUUUCUGGUAUCGAGUUCUCGAACUCAUAUGUUGCUAAGAACUCAGCGGGCCAGUUCAUUUACAAUAUAAGCGAACAUUCGAACUGUUGCGCGAGGUGUUUCUGCGGGCCAAAUCGAUGUUUCGUGAUGGACGUCACGGACUACAAAAAGGACGCCGUGAUGCGCUUCGUGCGGCACCUGAGAUGCACGCAGUGCUGUUUUUGUUGUUGUCUUCAGGUAGUGGAAGUCCAAGCUCCACCAGGGACUGUCAUCGGUUAUGUACGUCAGCUGUGGUCCUUGUGCUAUCCUACGUACGGAAUUUACGACCGGCAAGAGCAGAAGGUGCUGGAUGUCGUGGGUCCCUUGUGCACUAUCAGCCUGCCUUGCAAGUGCGGCGUCGACUUUGAAGUACGAUCAACAAACGGCGCCGUCGUAGGGAAGAUCACGAAGAAAUGGGGCGGCGUGCUUAAGGAGGCCUUGACGGACGCCGACACAUUUGGCGUCACGUUUCCGAUGGACUUGGAUGUCCAUUCCAAGGGCUCACUCAUGGCGGUGACUAUGCUCAUCGACUACAUGUUCUUCGAGUCAAGCGGGUGGUCUUGAAAGACCAGCGACUCAGCACCUGUGAGGCUGGGAGGACGCUUCAGUCUAUGUUCUGAACAAAAAUGGCAGCUGUAAUUUUAAGACAGCAAGUGGGGACACGCAUGCGGACUAGCACGUUUUACUUUUGUAUUCGAUUACGACUGAAGCUACUGCCUCUUUUCGGAAAGCAACACGAUGAGAGAAACGUCGGUUGUCUUAAAUUGAGAAAAUCGCAACGGUGCUUUAAAUUUACCACAAUAAGCGCUUCUAGGAGCGCAGUCAUGUAACGCUCAUAAAGUUCUAAAUCCCCCCGAA